GAAGAGGGUAUGGUUCGAGUCCCACCUGUUCUCGACGUGUGUAACUACAUGUCAGAAUAGUUUGAUUGGAAACUAUCUCUUAGGGAAGGGAGGAAGUGAAGCUGGAGAGAUGGGAAAUGGGAGUGAAGGCGUAACGAAAGGCGAAAGGAGGAGGCGUGGUGGUUGAAGAGAGCAAAAGGAAUGAGAAAGGCGAAAGACGGCGCGAUGGAGCAAAGUUGAAGUGAUAGCAGAAGGAAAUCUUGAGGCUUGGUCAUUCGAAGAGAAAUUGCAGAAUUCUCCGGGAUUUCCACUGUCUCUGUGAAAAGCUCAAACCCCGGGUGACUCUUUUGUUCGAGUCCGCCAGCGGUUAGGAUAAAACAACCUGCCUGGAUUAAAGCAUUCAUCACUAUUUAUGCAGCGUCUUUCUGAAAAGUACAGACCCGGAAGGAAACUUACCCACAGAAACUAUGCCAAGAAUCAGCAUGGAAACCAGGAAAGGUAAUUGAUCAUUCCACACCCAGGGAAGUUCAAUUCAUAGUGGUCAUGAAUAACCAAGAGGUGGUUGCACUCCUCCAGGACUGCAAGCAGGCCCUAACCGCACCCCCAUCAGAACCAUCAGAACAGGACAUGACAGAGUAUCGGCAGUGCGAAGCUUCACUCUCUGCUGAUCUGAGGACCCUGUUGGAACAGGCAAAGGAAAUGAAGUGGCCCUUUGUGCCAGAGAGGUGGCAAUACAAACACGAAGUAUGCCCAGAAGACAAAACAAACCUGAAAGAUAUCAUCAGCGAGAAACUGCCAGAUUUGCUGAUUUUUCUGAAAGCCUCAAUCUCUGUUGGUGACUACGUUUCAGCAGCUGCCACAGUAUUUUUGAUUGACAGGUUUCUAUACUGGGUCGAUGCAUCCAGCAAACUUCUGCAGAUUGCCAAAGGCCUGCACAGGCGUUGCCAUGAAAUACCAAUCGCGCCACAGGUGGUUGUUCGCCAGGCCCGAGUCUCUGUAAAUUCAGGCAAACUUUUGAAAGCUGAAUAUAUCCUGAGCAGCCUCAUAAAUAACAGUGGGGCAACAGGUACUUGGGUCUAUGAGAAAAUGAGUGACCGAACAUUGGUGCAGGCUGUCAGCGUUCAGAUAAGGGGACAGAUCCUACAAAAACUAGGGCUGUGGUACGAAGCUGCAGAGCUGAUUUGGGCUUCCAUUGUGGGAUUUUAUCAACUUCCUCAACCAGAUAAAAAGGGAAUUUCCACAUCACUGGGACUUUUAGCCGAUGUGCUUGUUUCAAUGAGUGAUGACGAUUACAGUCGAUUUAAGGACAACCCACAGAUGGACCUGAUUCUGCUUGAAGAGUACACUGACCGACUGUUGUCAGCUGCUGAGGCAGGGAAACUGGCUGCAGUGCUCAGUCAGUACAGCCCACUUUUUGUGCUGACAAAUUUGAACAUUUAUGGAACAUGUCUUCUCUCAUACAGUUUUAAAAAGGAAUUGACAGAGGAUGAAAGGCAGUUCUACCUUUCACAAGCAAAGGAGGCUUUUGAAAUUGGUCUCCUCACUCGGAGAGGUGGUGAAGUGAUCACGAGUAAGCAGGAACUACAUGGGUUUGUUAAAGCAGCUUUCUCUCUUACAACCGUGCGCAGAUGGCUCCCAGAUCAGAAUGCAAAUCUUACAGAGGCAAGGCAAUUAUGCAAAGAAGCAAUGAAAAAACUGUACCUGUAUAGCACUCAAACCCAGGAAGCUUUGGCACAGGAAAUCAUGGAAUUGAUCGGCCAAGUCAAAGCUCAUCUGCAAAUAAAGGAUCUCUGCAAUUCAGAUAUUAAGUCUUACGUCCCUGACCACUACAAACUUUACUGGGAUAAGCCUAUAGUGAAGGGAAGGAUGACCUUUGAGAAAGUCCUUGAAAGACAUACACAGUAUCACACAACUAUAUGCAAAGUAUUUGAAAGAACUUGCAGAAGACAACAAAGUAGCAAAGAGUCUUUGGCACAUAGCUGUAUAACUGCUUUCAAGACAGAAACAAAGGAAUUUGAUACUGCUGAUGCCAAAAUGAGCACAGUUCACUCCGUUGACCAUAACCUUCUUCAAGACCCUCCCCUGAAACAAGUAAUGAUAAGCAAAGACAACAAGACAUUACAAAGCCAGAGCAAUCAGCUAUUGAAUGCAGGCAAAUCUGAGAAGGAACAUGUAGAUUGUCUGAAAAACAAUGGUGCUCCCGAUGAUUGUUUAAUAGGUGACCCAUCAUAUGUUUUAAUAGAUGCUGAGACAGAAUUGGAUGAUAUAACAACAGAGGGAAAAGGCAACGCAAACAAAGGAGGCACAGAAUGUUGGAAUGACAGUCAUAGUUCCAGCAAAUCUUACUUCAAAAUCUCCGGAUCAAGAUCUUCUAAUAUUUGGAAGGAAGAGACCAGUGACAAAGACAAUGGACUACCUGAGGUUGGAAGGAAGCCAUAUCAGUUCAAAUUGGACACAGAGUGCUCAACAAUAUUAACUGAUGAUGUGGAUAGCAAAGAUGGUGAAUUGAAUAAUAGUGCUUUAAAGUCCAUCAUUCCACCAGUGCAACUGCUGUCUCUACAAUACACACAAGUCAACAAUCCUUCCAUCACUUCAAACAUUAAUUGUACUCCAAGUAAUGGGAGACAGAAAAAUCCUUCAUCUUCAGCUUUAGGAGACCAUGCAUCAUGCAGUGUUGAUCCAGAUGAAGAAACUGCUGAUGACAUUGAAGAUAACAAGACAGAUGGUGACUCGAAGAUCACGAGGUCUGAUCAAAGCCCUUCCUCUCUCUCUCAUCCAAAUUAUAGCACUAGUUAUCAGACAUUUAGAUUUGAUUCAGAUUCAAAAAGCAAUAGAAAAGUUACCUCCUUAACUUCAGAAGAGAGUGGCUCAUUUGAGGUUGUUGACUCUGAUGCAGAUACUGCGGAUGACAUGAACAAUGAUGGGGAUAAAAUGCUUCAAAUCUCAAAGAAGUAUGAGUCUGUAAAAUCCCCUUAUCUUCAGCCAGCUCCAGAUACAACUAACCCUGUGUCAGUUGGCAGUAAUAAUUCACUGAAGAUUACAAAGAAAAGCCUGUCUUCAUCAGAGGAAGGUGGGUCCUUUGUAAUGAUAGAAAUUGACCCAACCGCAGAGACUGUUGAUGGUACUGAAGACGACAAUAAUCUUCCAAGCACUGGAGGAGUCUCUGAGAUUGAAGACAUACAUCUGGAUGAAAGCAAGAAACAAGAAGUGUACGAUCAUGAUGCAAAGCAAAUGAAGAUUGGUUCCACGCAAUGUUCACUAACCAAGAAGGAAUCCAAUGAAGGGUUUAAGAAAGUGUCACUCGAAGAAGGUGAAAGUGAAGGUGACAGACUGAGUAACCAGUUCCUAAAAAGCAGCCUCAACUCCAGCACCUCCCUUAAAUCAUGGUACAAAUCACCUUUCUUUUCAAGCAAUUGCUCUGACUUUGACUGUAUCAGUCCAUCAGUGAGUUCAAGCAGCAGUUCCUUUGUGUUUCUUUCAAGAAAGAAACAAACAUUUGAGAGGCGUGUUCUAACUGAUGAGGAUUAUAAAAUGCUGUUUGCUGGUGUUACCCAUGAGUGGCUUAUAGAAAGAAUUGCGGGCACUGGAGUAUUUUACCCUCAGAAACUAAAAGACACUUGCAAUGCACUGCAAUUUAAAUAUAGCAAGAAAACCAACACCUGGACAGCCCAAGAAACUCUAGUAUAUAUUGGCAAACCUUUAGAUGUGGAUAAAGUAGGCGCCCAAAGGAUUGCUUUGGAGAUGCGUUUACUACACCAAGAAGAAAUAUUGGGCAGAUACGUUGGAAAACAGUACAAAAGAACGAAAGAACUUGCUUACCACUUCAAUGACGUUGAACGCCAGAUGACUGCCCAAUACUACGUGACAGAAUUCAACAAAAGACUGUAUGAAAAGCAAGUUCCUACACAAAUAUAUUAUAUUCCAGCCUCAGUUCUUCUGCUUUUGGAAGAUAUGCAGAUCAUGGGUUGUGUAAGUGUGGAGCCGUACAUGCUCGGGGAGUUUAUAAAAUUAACAAACAACACAAAGACUGUUCGUAAAGAAUAUGAAGCAACUAUGUAUGGACUUGCAUUUGGACACUUUACCUACGAGUUUUCAAACCAAGAAGAAAUAGUAGUUGAUUUACAAGGUUGGAUCACUGGAGAUGGAAAAGGUCUUAUUUACCUAACAGAUCCUCAGAUACAUUCGAUAAAAAAGCGAAGAGGGGGUUCCAACUUUGCAGAAAAAGGCAUCAAAUACUUUCUCAACUGUCAGCACAAAGAGUGCAAUGAGAUUUGUCGCAUUCUUACUUUAAAAAUUCUUACCAGGGACGGUUUGGAUUAAUUACCUGAAGUGAAGUUUUUAACAAGUUUGAUUUUGAAAAAUUUCUUCUACUGUGGCAGAGUCUUUCUAUGUUCUUCCUAUUGUUGUUGAACAGUGUUGGUCCUGCAAAUACAGAUAUUGUGAUCCCAGCAAUUGUAUCAGGAUUACACAGUUCAUAGCUGCUCACGCUGACCAGAGUGUGCAGGGAGAGUGGAAGUUUAUCAAAUUUGUCGAUGGAGAAUGCCAAUGUGCGAAAAAUCACAAUACAUAGAAUUUUACUGCACUGAAACCGGACACUUUAUCUGUGCUGCUAUUGAAGCUCCAAAUAAACCUCCUUCCAUUUAAGUCUGCCAGUAUAAUCUUCUAAUCCUUCCUCUCCCAUGUCCUUAUCAAGUUUCCCCUCAAUGUAUCAAAGAUCUUCACUUCCAUCUGGAUGUGGUUUCCAUCCAUUUCUUGGUAAAGGUGGCUGUCCCGAGUUCCCUAUGAGAUUUGUUUUUGACUAUCUUAUGUUUGGGCCUCUGGUUUUGGAUUCCCUAAAGUAGAAACAAUUUCUCUUUGUCUACCCUGUUAAACUUUUUCAUAAAUUCCAAAAUCUUUAUUCGGACAACAUUCAACCUUCUGUUCACUAAAGCCUUGUUCUGUUCAAUUUUGCUUGAUUGUUAUAAACACUCAGUUCUAGUAUCAUUGUUGUAAAUCUUAUUGCACCUUCUCCAGUGCCUCUAUGUCCUUUUUGGGUGCCACAGGUGACUGUCCCAAUUUGAGGGUUUGGCAAAGUGAUGGGAGAUGGGGGCUUAGCUCCAGUCCUUGAAAAUAAAAUAACAUUUAUCUCCAGCACCCUAUGUGGGGAGGCGAUAAGUCCAAAUCAUAAAGAAAAAUAGACUGAACAGGUGUCUUUGUGUGUCAGACCAUGAAAAGUGAAAUAACUCCACAGAGACCGGUAUCCCACUACCAAGUCGCCUUUUAUUUACACAUGGAGAAUCCCUGACACUGAUCCAGCUCCCUUGCAGCCAGCUCUCAGAGUGAGCAGGAUGUCUGACACUCUUGUUCUUAUCUACUAGCCAGGGCUCCCUGAUUGGAGCAGAUUAACAGCCCCAGUCAGGGAACUCAUAUCCAGUGAGGGUCAUCCUGCCGACCUUGUUACAAUCACUACAAUUAGGCCUCCACUUCCAUUAUCCCAUACACCUUUCCCCUGCUCUUUGUCAGUGGUGGGUUUGACUUCCAUCAAAAUAUGAAUCAUUUUUGUAAUUUAAAGGGUUAACUGUACCUUCCCUGUAAUAAUUGAUACUGUGCUUGUGUAUAAGGAGCUGUGUUAUGAUGAUAUUGGAAUCAAUGUGUGUGAGUUCCAGUAAUGUUUUCUUUCAUUGUCCCUUGUAUAUAUUAAAUACACUUCAUUAGGCUGUAGGUGUUCACUGAUGAUGAUGUGGACUACUUUCUGUCAACAACAAGAAAUGAUCUUACAAUAUGACAGCAAGCAGCAAUCAGAUUCAGGGAAACAGUGGUGAGCACAAGCAAAUGGCCUGAGCACUAGAAAAUGAUGAAUGAAGGACUUUGAGGCCAGACCAGCAAACCAACCAAAAACCCCACUGGGACAGUGUAUUGCAGUCUAGCAACUGUGAUACCAUAAGCUUCGGAACUUUAAUAACUUCAUAGAUUGAAAGAGUUAUCAAUAACUCUGGAAUAAAUUGUUUCCCGAGGUGAAAAGGCAUUGAAAGCAACACAGUAGUUAACCAUCCCUGGGAAGAAGGGGCCAAAACCAUACAAACAAAUUGUUUCCUGGGAGGGCGGAGACUCACUGCUUGAUAACCUGCUGUCUCAUUACAAAUGAGAAAUUAAGACUGCCUGAAAAUGAAUGUCCUGAAUAAUUGCAAGAUAUGAUGUUUCAACCAGACAGUUAAGGCCAAAUAUAACAAAGAACAUGGGAGCUAUUUCUGAUAAGAAGGCAAGCUUACAGAUUUGGAGUCUCCAGAAGUGUAAUCAAUGCUGGGGAUGAAAGAAUCUGUUGAAUCAUCAAUAGUAUCACUUUACAAAUUUGAAAAAGAGAAAAUUGUAUAAGAAUACAUCAUCAGAACAAUGCAGUAAUAGAACUUCAAAGAACAACAUUGCACAAGGAUCAAACUCUGGACACAUUCCAGAGGUGGACACUAUUGGUGGAAUUGUAGCUAAAUUUCACAAUUAAUUGGGUAAUAGCCAAGUUGAGUUGUGUGGCUUAACGAGCUUACUUAAGGGUCUUAUUUUGGUUGCUACAUGCAAUAAAGUAUAAAUCAUUGUUUCAUUUCUUGAUUGU